AUGAUUUUGGGUACAGAAGUAAACGAAUUUGUUUCAAAUCGACAAUAAUCAAAAAUUCAUUAUCUUUCUGAAGAGAACAAAUCCUUAUAGGAAUACAUCCAAGACCUUGAGAAUGCUUUAAAAUUAAAUAAAUAAGCCAUGACUCUCACUUUAGAAGGCUUAAAUAAAAGACCAUAAGUAUUAUAGAUUGACUAUAUAGUUGUAAUCAGAUAAUAGUACAAUGUCAACUGGUUAUAAUUAUUAGAAUUCUCAAUUGGAGGGAGUUAUCAAAUUACUCAAUGAGGAAAAUUAAAAACUGAUUAAAGGAUUAUCAAAUUAAUAAAGAAUCACUCAAUAAUUAUAAACUAAAAUAUUAUUAUAAGAAUAGAUAUCUGAAGAAUAAUAAAAUUAUUAUAAGGAUUUGAUAGGAGAUUUGGAAUAUAAAUUAAUAGAAUUGAAGAGAAACAUUCACGAUAAAGAAUAUGCAAUAUAAGAAUUGGAAAGAAUGAAACCAAUCUAAGAAAGAGAAGGUCAAUUCGUCAAAAUCAUUGAAGUAGUAACACCUUCAGAAUAGAACCUUAAAUUACAUGAGGAAUUAGAAAAUGUAAGAAAUUUAUUGAAUAAAAUCACUUAAGAAGCAUAAACAAUAAGUGAAACUAAUAAUGCAUUAAGAGAAGUUAAUUAUGUAAGUAUAAUUUAAUAUAUAAGAAUCUAAAAAGAGAAAUAUUUAAAAUGAGAAUUGUUUUGAGAAGCUAAAUUAAUUUUUAGAGUAUGAAAGGUAAAUUUGUUUAAUUUUAUAUUAGAUUUUGUAUAUAAUGAAUAUAUAGAUAAAACGGAUGAUAAUCUUUAAAUCAAUAGAGAAGUUUAAAAUCAAAGAGGCAAAUUAGAAUAAUUACAUUAAGAAUUAUAUGGAACAUCUAGUUUAGGUUAUGGAUUCUCUCCUGAACCUUAAUAACUCAAAUACCUAAGCAAAAAUGAACGUAUGAUUUAUUAAGAGAAAUUACAUAAGAUGGAAAUGAUGGUGAAAGGAUUUAAGGAAUUAUUUGAAAAAGAGAAAAAUGCUAAUUUACAUGUUAGGAAAUUAUAUAAUGAUUUAUUGGCAAAGUAUGAAUAUAUAUUAGAUACAAAUGAAUUAAUAAUAAAAUCAAAUAAUUUAAAAGAUGAAAGAAAUGAAAAAUAAUAAAUUGAAUUAUAAUUCUAUAAAAAAUAAAGUUAGAGUUUGAUGGAAUAAUUAAGAAAUAGAAAAGCUUUUAAUUCUAUACCUUUAAAUUAAGAAUAAGAUAUUGCAGUAGGUGUAUUUAGUCCUAGAUAUCAACAGAAAUAUUUGAAUAAUCAAUCUUAAUCAUCAUGUUCAAAAGUACAAUAAACAGGACCUGAUGAUUUAGAAAUUAAGAAUUCUGCUAGAUAGUUGAAUUCAAAUAAUUUCAAUAAAUUUAUUAUUAAACCAUAAUAAAUUAAUUCAGUUUAGAAUACUUGUUAAAAAAAGUAGAUUUAAUAAUUAGAAAUUGAUGAUGAUAGUUCAUCUCUUGAAUAAGAUAGAUACAUUUGUUAAACUGCAAGAGGAGAUAAUCAAAAAUUUAGUAAAUUGACCUAACAACAAUAAUAGGGACAAAUUUAUUAAUAUUAUGAUAUGACUAAAUAAGAAUGCAUUGAUUUUUUAAUGUCAAUGUUUAAUGAUUAUUUUAAAAAAUUUGAUGUAAAUUAUUUUAUUAUAUAUCUAUUAGUUAAGCAAUAUCAAAAAAUAAUAAUUGAUGAAACAAAUGUAAAAUAAUGAAUUCGAUAAAAAAUGUAUUAAGAGAUCUUACAGUAAUCCUUUUCUAUAUUUUUCUAAUGUCAAAGCAAUCACUUUUAAUCAACCACCUAAAUAAUCUGUUAUUGCACUUGUAUAUUAAUUAUUCUAUUAUAGGCAAAAAAUGAAAUUUAACAGUUAUUGGCUGAAUUAUAAAGCAAAAAAUAGAAAUAAAUGUAGAAUUAAGAUGAUGGUGUAUUUAGUGUAGAUGUAUCCAAAAUAGAUUUGAAACAAAAUAAAAGAUAAAUGUUUGAUAAUGAUUUAAGCUUUAUAUCUAAUUUAGAUUAAUAAGAUUGA